AAACGCGAUGGUAGCGUGAUUCCAGGGGAAACUCCUGGUUCUUGUUUCGGUUUUGCUAAACCCUUAUCACGACAGCCUCAGUCUGAUUGGGUGGUUGGAGAAAAAGGAAGUAAAAACGUGUCGCCUUGUGUUUUUGCGCUAUAAAACGCUUGCGUUUUGUUUGGGGAGGGGGAAGUUAGAUACUUCACUUAAAGCAAAACCUUGCCGUGAUCUGUAAUUAAGCAAAUGCUGCAGUCUGAUAUUAACUACAAAUGUGCAAAGGUUAAACUUUGCAGGUACAUACAUACACGGGAUUAAUGUGAGAGGCCACGCGCCCUUCCUGGUUUGUGGGACUCGAGUGAAAUAAAGUUCGUGCGUUAUUUGUAAGAAUCCCUCAGCGCCAGGAACGGAUCGAAAUGGAUCACGCUCGAGCGAAAGACACGCAGGAAAGCAAGGGUUUAGUGAUACCACGGUACAGGGAACAUUGCGAUCAGUCUCUUGAUGACAGACCCAUUGACUGCACUGCAUCACCCUCUAAGAAUGAGAUGAGGCCAUUCAGAAGAGUGCGAAGUCCAUCCAGACCAAGGGCAUGGUUGUCCGGUUCUUACAAACCAAAGUUCGGAGUGCGAGUUUUAAAGCCUGGGUUUUCAAGAGAAGAUGAUUCAUUCCACAAAGCCAAUUUCAACACCCAGAGGUACCACUACCUGAAGUCCCGAUAUUAUGUCCAUCGCAGCAACCACCUCCCACCUAAACCUCACCACACUGUGCUGAGGGAGAAGGAAAGAAAGAGAGAGAAGGAGAGGGAAAAGAAAGACCGAUACGAGGAGAGAGAGAGCACUGAUGGACGUUCACCCACAAAGCAAAACAACACUUCUAGACCCAACUUACCCAGGUGCACUUCCAGCAGAGACAAGGACAUGCAGUUCACUAUUUGUCAGAGUGACGGGAGCCAAAGCAGGGAAAAAGACCACAGAGAAACCAAAAACAACGAGCGAAUCAGAGAAAGAGAGCUCCCUUUAGUUGCAAGCCAGACGGCAGCACGAGACAGAGCCAUCCAACAAAAGAGGAGAGAGAUAGAUGAGGUGUAUUAUCAGGAAUGUGAAAUGUUUGGCCUUGUAGCAAAGAUGCUUAUUGCAAAAGAUCCAUCCCUGGAGCGUCCCAUCCAGUCCUCGCUGCAGGAGAACCUCCGGGACAUUGGCAAGCGUUGCGUGGAAGCUAUGGAGAAAUUUAUUAAAGACUAUGACUCCAGGGAGCUGUUGCACUAAUCAGACACACACAGCCCUGUGUGUCUUUACCAGUUUCCCCUCUUAGCACUGCUUUUGUGUUUUCUUACUUGCCAUCUUCUUUCAUGUUCUUGUUUGAUUGCUGAAGAAGGUCUAACCAUGUUGUCAGCAUAAUGUUAAACACUGAAACUGAGGAUUAAAUAAUGUGAUAAUGACAAUACAAUAAAUACACUGGUCAUUUACCUUUUAAAUGUUAUAAUUAAAACUUCAGAAAUGUAUAUUAUAUCUGACUUAAUAUGUUUUUACUUGCUUAUUAAUAAUUAAACUGUUCACAUUAUAUAAAACUA